AUGCCGAUGAAACAAGUGAUCAAACCGGAUGAGUUCUUGAGGAAAAAUGAGAAACAAGAUUUGGAGAAUGGAAAGGAGUUUGAGGUGAAAUUGUGGGGGCCAAGAUUAGAGAUGCAUAAGAAGCCGAUGAUGUUGAAGAUGUGGCAUAUGAACAGCACCAGCAACUACGUCCUCAAAACCAACUGGAACCACUUUGUGAUGGCGAAUGAAAAGGAUUUGGAGAUAAACAAAAAGAUUCAGGUUUGGUCGUUUCGAAGAGAUGAGAAGUUGUGCUUUGCAAUUGCAUGUUUGGAGAGAGAUGUUGACGGACAAAACGACGCCGCUGCAGCACCCAUCAUUUAG